AACUAACUUCACAUAUAACAUCUUAAAUAUUUAGUACCAAAGAUUUUUAUUUUAAAAUUUUAUUUUCCUCAUCAUCAGUUUAUUAUACGAGCCGAAACACAACAAUGAAGACUGCAGUCUUAACGAUAUUUACUAUCGUGUUUGUGUUAUCGAGCGAAACAAAUGCUAAAAUUAAGAAAAAACGCAAUGUGGUCGUGACAAAUAAUCCAUAUUGUACAGAUAUCGCAAAUCAAUUAAUCGCAAAAGGUGGAAAUGCACGAGAAGUAUUUAUUGCUGUUUCGUUAUGUGAAGGAAUGAUUCAUCCUAUGGAUUCUGGAUUAGGCGGUGGAUUCCAAGCUGUGUAUUACAGUAAAAGUAAAGGAAAGAGGAAGGCAUUGUAUAUUAACUCCAGAGAAAAAUCUCCAAGUAAUCCUGAAUUUGCGAAUUACCAAAUAAAAGGUAGUAAUUCAAUUGGAGUUCCAAGUGUGUUGAAGGGUUACGAAACAUUGUACAAUCUAGAUAAAGACAAGAAUAAAUUAAAAUGGAAUGAAAUAAUUGCACCAGUUAUUGAAUUAUGUGAUAAAGGGUUCCAAGUUACCGACAGAACUCGAUCCGUCUUCAAUUAUUUCAAUCCGUAUCGACAUUACGACCAACUGAUCCAAAUUAAUUCGGAUAAUGUAUUAAAGAAUCCAAUAUAUUGUAAUCUGCUACGGCAAAUUAGUGAAGAUGGACCAUCAUCAUCGAUGUAUAAAGAAAAUGGUAAAUUACAUAAUAUGGUGAUGCAAGAUUUGCGGGAAACAUCUUCAUAUCUCACAUCGAAAGAUAUACAAAACUAUAAAGUGAAAGUUCAAAAACCUGCGACAGGAAAAUUUGGCAAGUACACAGUUUAUACAACCAGAGUUCCAGGAAGUGGAUAUACAGUAUUAUUGGCAUUAAAAAUGAUGGAACGAGUUAAGGCUUUAAUGAGUAAAGAUGCCACACCAGCUCAAAAAAUUGUGUAUUUAUUAAAAAUCCUCAAAUAUACCUAUGCUUUUCAACCACAUGUACGGGAAUUAAGAAAUGCAACAAUCCAUAAAAUCAUUAACAAAGCAGGAAGAAUUUUAGGAUCAGGAGUUGUUAAAAACGGAAUGGAAAUCAGACCAACAAUCCCUACGAAAUACGGUGAUGUGAAAUUGGCUCGAAUGAUAUCACCAGAAAGUUUUGGUACCACAAAUGUAGUCGUAAAAGUUGGGCAUACAGCAAUAUCUGCAACAAGUACAAUUAAUUGGUCCUUUGGAUCGGGUAUUUUAUCAAAAACGAUGGGAUUCUUUUAUAAUAAUCAAAUGAAUGAUUUCGUAAAUCCAAAUUGGAGACGUAAGGGAAAACCUAUACGUAAUGCACCAGGUCCAAAUAAAAUACCAAGUUCAUCGAUUUCCGCUACAAUAAUGGUUGAUCCAGAUGGUAAACCUGUUUUCCAAAUUGGAGCCGCAGGCGGGAGUAAAAUUUUGAGUGCAAUUGUUAAUACAUUAUAUAAUUAUUUUGUAUUAAAUAAAACGCUAGAAGCAUCUUUACAAGAGUGUCGAUUCACCCCCAAACUUGAUUAUGCUAAGAAUCAUAUUCUAUACAUGUACGAAUGUAUUGAUGAUGAAAAUGUAGCAAAUCAAUUACGCGAGAAAGGUAUCGAUUUCCAAAAAGUUGUUGAAUCUGGAUAUUCAGCGGCAACAGCAUUGUCACAAAUUCGUUCGAAAUCCGAGGGGGUAUACGAUAAACGAAGAGGAGCAUUUUCAUCAUCAAUACAUUCAUAUCCAUAAAGAACAUGAUUUUUAGCAUAAUCAAAUUUUGGCGAAAAUCGACACGCUUGUAAAGAAG